AAAAACAUUUUUGCCCAAGGCGUUCGCUUCCUCCUCGAUUAAGCGAACGAUUCGCAAAUCACGAUUAUCACUGAUCGCAAGUAUAAAAGGAGUACGACCGCAGUUUGCCAAAUCAGUGUUUUGCACACCUCCGCGAAUACCAAGCACACAAGCCAAGCAAGAUGAACAAGUUCAUUGCCAGCGUCGCUCUGUUGGCAUGCGUCCUAGCCGCCAAUGCUUACGACUUCCAUGAUACUGACUACAAUCAGUAUUUGGCUAGCCAAUUCGAAGAUGCCGAUGAUUCGAUGACUCUGCAUCCUCGCGCUCGUCGCGAUGAAGAUGCCGCCGUUGCCGAUAAGGACAAAUGCCACAAGAGACAUCACUUCAAAUUCUGUUGCGCCGAAGAAGCCCUGAAGAAAAUCCAUGACGAAGACAAGCAACUCAAGAAAGAGUGCUUCAAACAAGUCACCGGUAAAGACAAACGUGAAUUCUUCCAUUCGGAUCCCUUCAAAUGCGACAAGGAGAAGAUUGAAAAGGCUAAGAACGAAAUUAACUGCGUCUGCCAAUGUGUCGGUGAGAAACACGGAACCAUUGAUGCCGCUGGUAACUUGGUCGAAGACAAAAUCAGGGAAAUUACAAAGAAGGCCCUUGAAUCCGAAACUUAUCUUGGCGCUAAAGUCGACACCAUUUUGGACACUUGCAUCGCUGAAGCAAAGAAAGCCCCAGGCAAGAACGGCGAGACCUGCAGCACUCAAGGCCUGACCUUCGGACACUGCUUCUGGCGCGAGCUCCAAACCAGCUGCCCGGCUGAUCAAAUCAAGGACCAGAAAGCCUGCGACCGUGUCCUCGAACGCAUCAAGAACAACCCAGAACAUCCCUUUCCGUACCACAAGCACGACGAUGAAUAAAUACAAAAAUAUCUUCGGCGGUGCAUACGAACGGAUCAAAAUUAACUUAAAUUAUUUGCGAUAUUUAAUUUAACUUAUACACAAACAAACAAAAAUUCGACGAGAAAAAGAAACGAAAUAAAUGAGUUAACAAAAUAA